AUGCCAGACUAUACCUUUCCUCCCGCCCCGUCUUCAGACCACCUGGAGUUGAGACGGCCACCCUCUUCACCUGGCCAAAUUCCUGAGCCUGCUCCUCCUAUUGCACAUGGCUCGGCAUAUAUGGAUAUACUUAACAUCCAACAAGCCAGGAGAUCACCCCCAGGCCGGGAUCCGUAUUACCACCCAAUCGCAAGGGCAUACGCCUACCAUGGAGCAAAGAUCCCCGCCCACAAGACGGUAUUGCCAGCGGAUUGGCCACCACCAUCGGAUUUGGAGCAGCAGCUGCCCCAGGCGAUGUAG